AUGUUGUCGAGACUCGCUCGGCAGGCGAUCCGCCAUGGAUCCGGCGUCCCGGCCCCUUCCAGGAACAUUCAGCCAAAGUACACGCAGCUCUUCAUCAACAACGAGUUCGUGAACGCGAAGAGCGGCAAAUCGUUCGAGACCCACGACCCGGCCACCGGCAAGAAGAUCGCUGAUGUCGCCGAGGGAGAUCGCGCCGAUGUUGAUGCCGCCGUGAAGGCCGCCCAGCAAGCCUUCCGCCUCGGCUCGCCAUGGCGCCGGAUGGACGCCGCCCAGCGCGGGGUGCUGCUCAACCGCCUGGCCGACCUGAUGGAGCGCGAUCGCCAGAUUUUGGCUUCCCUGGAGACGCUCGACAACGGCAAGCCGUACUCCGUCUCGUACGCCGCUGACUUGGGGUUGUCUAUUGCUUGCAUGAGAUACUACGCCGGAUGGGCCGACAAGAACCACGGAAAGACGAUCCCGAUCGCCGGCGACCAUUUCACCUACACGCGCCAUGAGCCCGUUGGCGUUUGCGGUCAGAUUAUCCCGUGGAACUUCCCACUUCUGAUGCAGGCGUGGAAACUGGGCCCAGCUUUGGCCAUGGGCAACACUGUCGUGAUGAAGGUGGCUGAACAGACGCCGCUUUCUGCCCUGCACGUCGCUUCUUUGAUUCGUGAGGCCGGUUUCCCAGAGGGCGUCGUCAACAUCCUGUCCGGCUUCGGGCCGACGGCCGGAGCAGCCGUGGCACAGCAUAUGGGCAUUGACAAGCUGGCCUUCACCGGAUCCACCGAAAUUGGACGCCUGGUGAUGAAGGAGGCGGCGAACAGCAACAUCAAGAAGGUCACGCUCGAACUGGGCGGAAAGUCGCCGAACAUCAUCUUCGCCGACGCCAACCUCGACGAGGCUGUUCAACAGGCCCACCACGGGCUCUUCUUCAACCAGGGCCAGUGCUGCUGCGCCGGAAGUCGCACUUUUGUUGAGGGCAAGGUCUACGACGAGUUUGUGGCGCGCAGCAAGGAGCUGGCGCAGAAGCGCGUCGUCGGCGACCCGUUCGACCUCAAGACCGACCAGGGCCCGCAGAUUGACGGCAACCAGGUCAACACCAUCCUCAAGUUCAUCGAGGCCGGCAAGCGCGAGGGAGCGCAAUUGGUGACCGGCGGCAAGAAGUUCGGCGACAAGGGCCACUACGUCGAGCCCACCAUUUUCGCCAACGUCAAGGACGACAUGACGAUCGCGCAGGAGGAGAUUUUCGGCCCGGUCAUGUCGGUGAUCCGAUUCGACUCGAUGGAGGAUCUCGUCGAGAAGGCCAACAACACCAUCUAUGGACUCGCCGCCGCCGUCAUGACCAAGGACAUCGAUCGCGCCCUCUACGUUGCCAACAACAUUCGCGCCGGGUCUGUGUGGGUCAACUGCUACGACGUGUUUGACGCGGCGGCUCCAUUCGGCGGUUACAAGCAGUCUGGUAUCGGCCGCGAGUUGGGCGAGUACGGGCUCGAGGCGUACACCGAGGUCAAGACCGUCACGAUCAAGGUGCCGCAGAAGAACUCG